GCGAUGUGCGUCUUUCAGGCGACGCUGCCAGCGUGACGUAUAAUCUAGUGGACGAUUCUUCAGGAACAGCUUGUUAACCACCUCGGUAGCUUGCUAGCCAACAUAGCCGAAAGAUUCAAGCUAUUUGUACGCUUUCGGUCUAUAUUAGCUACUGUGUUUUAGACAUACAUCUCUCGUAUGUACUUGUUAACCUAUUUAAUUUAAUAUUACGUUAUUUUGUAUUAGUCAGCUAUAGUAGCUGGCUGGUUAAGUUAGCACUAGCCUAGUUGCUAAUGAUAGCUAGCUAGCUAACAUCCCCGAACAUGAGCUCCCUAAACUUCUCCCCUCCUGUUAAAGAAGAGGAGGUCUGCUGGACGGAGAAAGAAGAUCUGGGGCUGAACAUUAUCGUGAAAGAGGAGAAGGAAGAGGAGGAUGUUACUGUUAAAAAGGAAGUAGAGGGUGAGGUUGUUACAGUGAAAGAAGAAGAGGAAGACGUUUCAGUGAAAGAAGAGGAAGACGUUUCAGUGAAAGAAGAGGAAGACGUUUCAGUGAAAGAAGAGGAAGACGUUUCAGUGAAAGAAGAGGAAGACGUUUCAGUGAAAGAAGAGAAAGGCGUUUCAGUGAAAGAAGAGAAAGGCGUUUCAGUGAAAGAAGAGAAAGACGUUUCAGUGAAAGAAGAGAAAGACGUUUCAGUGAAAGAAGAGGAAGACUCGUUCAGAGUGAAAGAGGUGGUGGAUGUUACAGUAAAAGAAGAGGAGGAUAAAGUUUUUGGAGUGAAGAAGGAAGGGGAGAUUACUGUCACAUUGAAAAAUGAAGAGGUGGAGAGAGGAGAUCUGAUUAACACCAGAGAGAGACGGGACUACCGUGGAUCCUCUGGGGAGCCUCAACAACCUCAUGAUGCUGACGAGGCAGAGAAGAGUCUCUCCACAUCAGAACUCCUCAAGAAACACCAGCAUAGACCCACAGGGAAGAAACCUCAUUGCUGCUCUGACUGUGGGAAAGGUUUCAAAUAUUCAUCAUACCUUAAAAUUCACCAGCGAGUACACACAGGAGAGAAACCUUAUAGCUGUACUCAAUGUGAGAAGAGUUUUACUCAUUCAACCAACCUGAUAUCACACCAGAGAACACACACAGGAGAGAAACCGUAUAGCUGUGAUCAAUGUGGGCAGAGGUUUACUCAGUCAGGUGCCCUGAAAUCCCACCGUAAACUACACACAGGAGAGAAACCUUUUAGCUGUGAUCAAUGUGCGAAGAGAUUUAUUAAGUCUAGCAAUCUGACAGUACACCAGAGAAAACACACAGGAGAGAAACCGUUUAGUUGUAAUCAAUGUGGGAAAAGUUUUAUUACAUCUAGAGAUCUGACUGUACACCAGAGAACACACACAGGAGAGAAAUCUUAUAGCUGUGAUCAAUGUGGGAAGAGUUUUAUUACAUCUAGCCAUCUGACAACACACCAGCGAGUACACACAGGAGAGAAAUUUCACCACUGUUCGGAUUGUGGGAAAAGCUUUUCAACUUCACAUACUUUGAAGAUGCACCAGAAAACACACACAGGAGAGAAAUCUUAUAGCUGUGAUCAAUGUGGGAAAAGUUUUACUCAGUCAAGUUCCCUGAAAUCCCACCAUAAGUUACACACAGGAGAGAAACCAUUUAUCUGUGAUCAAUGUGGGAAGAGAUUUAUUAAUUCUAGCAAUCUGACAGUACACCAGAGAAAACACACAGGAGAGAAACCAUUUAGUUGUAAUCAAUGUGGGAAAAGUUUUAUUACAUCUAGCUCUCUGACUAUACACCAGCGAGUACACACAGGAGAGAAACCUCACCACUGUUCAGAUUGUGGAAAAAGCUUUUCAAUGUCACAUACUUUGAAGAUGCACCAGAAAACACACACAGGAGAGAAAUCAUAUAGCUGUGAUCAAUGUGGGAAGAGUUUUACUAGGUCAAGCUCCCUGAUAUCCCACCGUAAACUACACACAGGAGAGAAACCUUUUAGCUGUGAUCAAUGUGGGAUGAGGUUUAUUACAUCUGGCAGUCUGACAGUACACCAGAGAACACACACAGGAGAGAAACCUUAUAGCUGUGAUCAAUGUGGGAAGAGUUUUACUACAUCUAGCUAUCUGACUGUACACCAGCGGAGACACACAGGAGAGAAACCUUAUAGCUGUGUUCAAUGUGGGAAGAGAUACUCUGAUAAAAGUUAUCUGAUCAAACAUCAGAAAAUACAUACAUGAAGGAGUUGUUUCAUGAUAUCUAUGAAAUAAUGUCACAAUGUAGAAUGUUUUAACAUUGUAGAAGGAAUAUUUUAAUGAUGUCAUAAUGUAGAACCCUAAACGUUUGCCCCGUUCUAUUGAUUUCAGCAUGAUAUGGAUAUUAGCCUCAGGGGGAAAAUCCAGGCUCUGAAAUGAAAGAGUACUAUUUUAUAUGAUUUAACAAAAAGUGACUAACAAAAAAAGUUGUUACAUUUACCACGUUGGUGACCCACUUGAAUGAAAAUGCAACACUUCAAAAUGUAGCUAGCUGAUUUCUACAAAUUGUCCUCUAACCAGGGAUGUACACAUUAUUCCUAGAUUCCGUGUGGUUUUUGAGCUGUUAGUUUUAACAGAGACAUUACACUUAACCACAUGCGUCUGUGACAGAAACAAUGAUGUAUUUACCUCAUUUGGUGGAUAUUUAUCAAUGAUUUACUUAACAAACAGUACGAUAUUUCUGUCCUGCUAAUUGUGAGUUUUAUGGUGUCCACUCUAGCUUCCUGCAGCUAGUCUGGGUGUCGAGGACAUGGGCUUCAUUAGAGAUGGCUUGAAGCUGACGAUUGAUGUCUCGGUGAUUAAAAACCAAACAGCCACAUUCCAUUCUAAGAUUAGUGGUACAGGUGAGACAUAUGUCUCCGGUCUGAUUGAGCCUGCAUUCCAUAGACAAUAUAUGGUGUAUGUUGAGCUGGGAUAGAGAGGACUAGAACAAAGGACUCAAUGGUCCUGAGACAUCCUGGCAUCUGGGAUAUUAGGCCAGGGUCGGGGGUUAAGAUAACAUCUGGGAUAUUAGGCCAGGGCCGGGGGUUAAGAUAACAACUGGGAUAUUUGGCCAUGGUCGGGGGUUAAUAUAACACCAGGUGCAAAUGAAGACAGGAUGAGCCCAAAGUGGCUUAUGAUGCCCCCCAAUCUAGAUGGGAGGGGUGGAACCAAGCAUUCUGGGUAUUAGCUAAAUAAACUGGGCGUUGUCUGUAAAGGGUAGGCUCUCAGACUAACAGUCAGUUAAGACUGUUGGGCUGACGGUUUCAUUAUUGCAAUAAUUAAUCAAUGUUAAAUAAAGAUGAUUGUUUGAAGAAAUGUC